ACAAGCUGCUAGCUACGAGACCUUCCCGUCCAACGUCGUCGUCGUCAAAGUCAUGCAUCGUCCGUUCAUGGCGCACUAGCGAGCGCACCGCGUACCACGACUGCCCGCGCGCGGCGUCUGCGUGCCGGCCGGGCUUGGCCUCUACAAAUCUCUUACCUCUCUCCGAUCCUUCUUCAAUCGACGACGACCGAGAGGAGCGCGCGACGCCGAUCGAGUCGACGCACCGUACCAUGGCCGCUUCCGCGGCUGGCGCAACAAGGUCGCCAUUGCUGCUGCCGGUCAUCCUGCUCGUCGCCGCCGUCGGAGCAUCAUCGUCCCUCGCCGCCGCCGCGGCCGCACUGCCCAACGCCGCAGCCCAUGGCGUUACGCUGCGCGUCGACCAUCACCAGGUGCUUGUGGACAAUGGCGUGGUGCAGGUGACGCUGUCCAAGCCGCAGGGCCACAUCACCGCCGUCCGCUACAACGGCGAGCGCAGCCUCCUGCACUUCGCCGGCCAGGAGAACACGGGAGGGUACUGGGAUGUGGUGUGGAACUAUCCGGGCUCCGAUCACCCAAGAGGGAUGAUCGACAUGUUGGAUAGUACGGAGUUCAAGGUCGUGUCCUCAAGCCCAGAGCAAGUGGAGCUUUCUUUCAGGAGUAUAUAUAAUCCAUCACGCCAAGAUAGUGUUAGACUAAACGUUGACAAAAGAAUUGUGGUGCUGAAAGGCAGCUCCGGGUUCUACUGCUACGCCAUCUUUGAGCACGCCAGCAACUGGCCUGCCAUGAACAUCUCAGAGGCUCGGCUCGCUUUCAAACUUAACACGGACAAGUUCAACUACAUGGCGAUUUCAGACGACAUACAAAGAUACAUGCCCAGCGCGGCAGACAGAGACGAGCCUCGAGGUACUGCACUGGCCUACAAGGAGGCUGUUCUUCUCGUUAACCCCCAGGAGCCACAGUUCAAGGGAGAGGUGGAUGACAAGUACCAGUACUCGCUGGACAACAAGGACAACGUCGUCCAUGGAUGGAUCAGCAGCAAUCACCCUAGCCCCAUGGGCUUCUGGGUGAUCACCCCAAGCAACGAGUUCAAGAGCGGCGGCCCCAUGAAGAGGGAGCUCACCUCCCACGUUGGACCCACCUCCCUCACCAUGUUUCUGGGAACGCAUUACAUUGGGGAUGACAUUGUCCUCAAUGUUGGCAACGGCGAGUAUUGGAAGAAGGUGUUGGGGCCAGUCUUCAUCUACCUCAACUCGAGCCCGAAACACGGUGAUCUCCGGGCUCUCUGGCAGGAUGCCAAGGCGCAGGCGCAAACCGAAGUCAGCAAGUGGCCGUACAGCUUCCCUAAAUCGCCGGACUUCGCCAAGGCCGGCGAGAGGGGCUCCGUCACCGGAAGGCUCAUGGUCAGAGACAGGUUCAUGAGGAACGACGACAUGCCUGCCGGGAUGGCGUACAUCGGCCUCGCCGCGCCCGGGCAGCCUGGCUCCUGGGCGACAGAGUGCAAGGGUUAUCAGUUCUGGACGACGGCCACGUCCUGCGGCAGUUUCACCAUCGGCAAUGUCCGGGCAGGGGUGUACAACCUCUACGCAUGGGUCCCCGGGGUUCUUGGAGACUACAUGUACACUUCUGCUGUGACCGUAACGCCAGGUUGCGCCAUCGACCUCGGUGAUCUCGUGUUCUUGCCUCCAAGAUCAGGCCCGACGCUGUGGGAGAUCGGAGUCCCGGACCGGACCGCCGCGGAGUUCUUCAUUCCUGACGUCGACCCCAGAUACGCCAACCGGCUGUUUCUGCACAGGGACAUGUACAGGCAGUAUGGUCUGUGGGAGAGGUACGCCGAGCUGUACCCUGACAGCGAUCCUGUUUUCACGGUCGGUCGAAGCAACCACUCCAAGGACUGGUUCUUUGCACAUGUCACAAGGAAGGUCGGCAAUGGCAACGUGCCAACGACGCGUCAGAUACGGUUCAACCUGGACCACGUCGUCGCGGACGGCACCUACACGCUGCGCAUCGCCCUUGCAGCUGCUCAGAUGUCCAGACUGCAGGUGCACGUGAACGGGGGCGGUAUGAGGAGGGGGGGCGGGGUGUUCACGACGCCGGAGUUCGGCGGCGGCAACGCCAUCGCGCGGCAUGGCAUCCACGGCGUGCAGUGGAGCUUCGAGUUCCCCAUCAGAGGGUACCUGCUGGAAGAAGGCGAGAACAGGAUCAGCAUCACGCAGACGAGGGCCUUCGGCGAGUUCUUGGGGGUCAUGUACGACUACAUCCGCCUGGAAGGCCCUCCUGGAUCCUGGCGAGACCCCACGCGACGGGCAUGAUCAUCGUCAUGAUCUAAUCGGCUAGGAAUCAGUAUUUCCUCAAUUUUUUCUCUUAAUUAGGAUAUACACAGCAGCAACAGUUGUAGGAGUAAACUGAAGAUUGUUAGAGCAGUAACAGGGUGGGUUUUUGAAUGUAUAGGACCAGCAUGGGAAGCCGAAAUACUAGAGUGAAAUGAGCUAGAGCUUUGGGAGAUUUUGCAGAAAGGUGUUCGAGCUGAAUCAUGCUGUUCUCUUUUCUUUCUGCUUGCCCAAUCCACUCUACUAGUUGUACUUGCUGUUACAACAAAAUAAUCCCCCUGGUCGGCAAAUAUACUUGACAUUUUAGACA